GGACGCGGAAGGCGCGGCGGGCUGCGGCGUGAGGCGAGAGGCUGCUGAGGGGCGGGGGCGGCCGACGGCGUGGGAGGCCGCGGCGACGCGAGGCCCGAAGGGAGGGGACGCGAUGCUGGAGACCCUGCGCGAGCGGCUGCUGAGCGUGCAGCAGGAUUUCACCUCCGGGCUGAAGACUUUAAGUGACAAGUCAAGAGAAGCAAAAGUAAAAAGCAAGCCCAGGGCUGCACCAUGCUUAUCAAAGUACUCUGCUGGCCUGGAACUACUUAGCAGGUAUGAGGACAUAUGGGCUGCACUUCACAGAAGAGCGAAGGAGUGUGCGGACGCUGGCGAGCUGGUGGGCAGCGAAGUGGUCAUGCUCUCUGCCCACUGGGAGAAGAAGAGGACCAGCCUGAGCGAGCUGCAGGAGCAGCUGCAGCAGCUGCCAGCUCUCCUCCAGGACUUGGAGUCUUUGAUGGCAAGCCUGGCUCAUUUAGAGACGAGUUUUGAAGAGAUAGAAAACCACCUGUUGCAUCUGGAGGAUUUGUGUGGGCAGUGUGAGUUAGAGAGACAUAAACUGGCACAGUCCCAACACCUGGAGAAUUACAAAAAAAGUAAGAGGAAGGAGCUUGAAGCCUUCAAAGCUGAACUAGAUGCAGAGCACACACAGAAGGUCCUGGAAAUGGAGCACACCCAGCAGCUGAAGUUGAAGGAACGGCAGAAGUUCUUUGAGGAAGCCUUCCAGCAGGACAUGGAACAGUACCUGUCCACGGGUUACCUGCAGAUCGCAGAGAGACGAGAGCCCAUGGGCAGCAUGUCAUCCAUGGAGGUGAAUGUAGACAUGCUGGAGCAGAUGGACCUGAUGGACAUCUCUGACCAGGAGGCUCUAGAUGUCUUCUUGAAUUCUGGUGGAGAGGACAACAUUGUGCUGUCCCCUGGUUUGAAGCUGGAAUCCAACCCCUGUCAGAACGAAAUGAAUCUUCAGAUUCCAAAUCCCUCAGAACCAGCACUCCAGCCACCUGCCUCAACCUCUGCCUACACUGACCUGGACACUGUUGAUGCCCCCCUCGUCCAGCCUGAUGAAGAGGAGGUGCAGGUGGACACUGCCUUGGUCACAUUACAUACUGACAGAAAGUCCACCCCAGGUGUCAGUGAUGACAGUGAUUCAACUCAGGACAUUUAAGUGACUUGUCAGCUGUGUGCAGCACCCUCCUGCAAGGUUGACUUUGCACAACUGCUAAUGGUGUGUGAGAACCAUUCCAAGUGCUACAAUAAAGCUUAUGGGCUAAACUGA